AAAUCUUAUCUUCUUGCGAAUCCAACCACUUCCAACUCUGCGUUCCUCGUCCUGUAGAUCUCCAAGGCCCUGAAUUUCACUGGCAAGAUCCAAUUUUUAUAGGAAUUGGGUCGUCAAAAUCCUUUUUUUUUUCUACCGUUAACGAGCGAUCCGUCAGCGCCGGCGAACGAUGUCUGAUGGUGUAACCCCCACCGCUGCCACCGGCGGCAUCGUCCCGCCGGUGGCACCGCCCCGUCGCCGCUCUCUCAGCCCCCGCCACCUAAUCUGCCUGACCGUCGCAGCCGUCCUCGCUGCCUACCGCAUGGUCCCCUCCACUGACCUCGCCUUCGCCCCCUUCUCCCUCGCCUACAUCUACUUCCUCUCCGCCUUCGCCUUCCCACCCCUCCGCUCCGCCGACAACAGCCCAGUGUUCGACCUCCGCAACCGCCUCCUCGGCCAAUACGUCUCCUUCGCCGCCUUCCUCGGCCUCCUCCUGCCGCUUAUGCACAUCCUCGACUGCGCCUCCGGCGGAGACACUGGCGGCGCCGUUGCCGCCGCCCCGCACCUGUUCCUCCUCUGCAUCCAGGUGUUCCUCGAGGGCUUCACCUUCUCCCGCGGUUUCUCGCUGCCGAUCUUCGCCUUCACGCCCAUCCUCUACAACAGCAAGCGACUCGUCGCCUUAUUUUGGUGGGUGGCAAGCGAGUUCGAGAGGGCAGAGGGAGGGCGGCGGAUGGUGGCGGGGCGCGUCCUCGCGGUUGCCAAUUCGAUCCUUUGGGUCUACAAUCUGUUUGGGUUUUUGCUCCCCGUUUACCUGCCCAGGGUCCUCCAGCGCUACUAUUCCGGAUCAAAAUAAUAACAAUUUGUAUAAGGGGUUAUAUGCAAGAUUUUUAAUAACUACUGGUGAUAUCUAAGCUGUACUUCAAUCUUUGUGAAUCCUUCAUUUGUAACUAAGCUCAUAGAUUAACACUUGCCAAACGUGUUAGCUAUCGACAUUGUAAAGAUCUCCAAAGUUAUUGGAUUCUGAUUUUAAAAAGUAGAGCGACAUGAGCUUCAAAAUUAA